AUGGCCGCCCUCAUCUCCAAUCCUCAACUCGCCCAUCCCAACCCCUUCCUGCAAGUGAACAGUGACUCGUCCGGCGCGUCGUCUCCCGACACGGCCACCCCCUUCCCCAACCGGCAUCGAGGGGAGUCCUCCAUGCCCCCGCCUCCCCAACACUCGUCCCACACCUCGCCCGCCCGCGUCGGCGCGUCCUCUGCUCCUCCCUGGUACGGACUCACAGGCCCAUACGAGGUACCCACCCAGCUGGAAUGGCGUGACAAGCCCGUACACCAAUACAUACAAUACGCGGCACCUCGUCACCACCCGUACGCCCAAGAGCCGCCUGCACCUCCGCGCAAGAGUGGUCGCCUAGGCGUCAAGCGCCGCCAGAAGUACACACGCUCGCGAACAGGAUGUCUUGGCUGCCGUGCCCGCCGCAUCAAGUGCGAUGAGGGCCGGCCCAUCUGCCGCCGAUGCGUUGUCGCCAAGCGCGAGUCGGACUGUGUGUUUCCUGAACAAGGGGGAAAGAAGCGCAAGGACUCCGACUCGGAGUGCUCAUCGCCCGAGCACCGCAAGAACUCACCCGACGAGGCGGCCCUCGACCUCAUGUAUCGCGGCUCGGACGAGAGCCAGCCCUCGCUCAGUUGUCUGAGCACCCACAGUGGUUCAUUUGAGAGCCUGAUCCCUGACGAGCUCGGCCUCAAGCCCGAAUCCUUCGGCGUCCUUCCCUUCGACCUCCCCAUGCCGGAGGGCUUUGGCCUACUCUGGUCCGCGCCACCGUUUGUCGCGAACGCCCCGCUCAGUUUUCUCGAGGCUCCGGGCCAGCCGUCCGUGCACCCCGCCCACGCACCAGUUCUCCACAUGCAGGCGCAGGCCCAAGUUGGACGCGAAAGUGGUGAGAAGAAUCCUUCAGACCCCGCAACGCAUAUGCUCACCAUGCCAAAGUUUACCGUCCUUUACUUUCCAACGGCGCACGAACAGAACCUUACCUUUCACUACUGCGUGCAUGCAGUCGACCUGACGAUUGCGAUGCCUCAUGGCCCCAACCCCAUACUGGCUGUUUCUCCCCCCCUCGCGUUGGCGUCGCUCCGUCGUACGAGUGCGGCAUGUGACGCGCUCCGCCUCGCGCUCCUUGGCGCUGGUGCGGCAUACCAGGCCUUCCUGCAGGCUUGGGGUGGCCAACCAACGAGUGAGACUGCUAGGCUCGCUGCAGCCUCGAGCCUGAGGGAAGAGGGCGAGGACAUGAACCUGCCUUCCACGGAGACGACGACGAAUGGUGGUUCGGCAGCUUUGGAGGGAUACGCGGCACACUCUGUUGAGACGCAGUUUGGCGUCUCGCACGUCGCUGUCCACCUCUUCGCCUGCGUUGCGCAGCUCCUGGCGCCCGUCGGCAGCCCACCCUCCGAACCACCAGUACCCUUCGGCCCUGGCGAGAGCGCUGUCCCCGGACCGAGCGGCGGCGCGGGCAGCUGA